AUGGCCCCCCUAAAUACGAACCUACAAGCCUUCAAUCUGAGCGUGUCAACCCUGCUCAAAAACCCAUCCCAUUUCCUGCCCAACUUCACAAUCUCGACGUUCCUCGACUUCCCCGAACAGAUUGGGAGUCAUCUACUUCCGUCUUCUGCAUCGCCAAUAUCAACAACAACAAAACCAAAAAAUGCAGACAACGAAAAACCCAAAAGGACACCAAAAAUCUCCGCCCUCGUCCUUGACAAAGACAACACCCUCUGCGCCCCCAACACAAUCGCAAUACCAGGCGCAUACAUGCGCAAGCUAGAGCAGCUGCGAACAUCGCCUACGUCGCCCUUCAAUCUGCACACGAAUCCGCAUGGGGUCCUGAUCGUGUCGAAUACUGCGGGCAGUCGGCCCGGCUCGAAGCGGUACGAAAACGAGGCUAGCGACUUGGAGGAUCGCCUGCAGCAUUUGAGGAUUCCUGUGUUUCGGGUUGUGGCGCCAGCGCCAGCACCAGCACCAGCAGCAGGGGCAGGAGCAGAGGCACAGGCGGGAAUGGGGACAGGCGCUAGAAGGAAACCAUUCUGUGGACCGGAUGUUCUUGCGUGGUUUCGCGAACGAGGUGUGGUGCAGAGUGCAGAUGAAAUUGUCGUGGUUGGUGAUCGGUUGGGUACGGAUACGCUGAUGGCAGCGCAAAUGGGGGCGUGGAGUGUGUGGUGCAAGGACGGGGUGAGGCAUGGUACUGCUGACGAUGGGCGGCAGAUUGACGUGGAUUAUAGAGGGUUUCUGGCCAAGGUUGAGACGCUGCUGGAGAAGUAUUUGCGUGAGAAUAAAAAGGUGAGGCCUCGCGUGCCUCCGGGGUGGGAGUGUGUAUAG